UCUAGAAGUCCGUUGAUACUAAGUACCGACUGGAAUAUUGCCUUGGGCAUUACGCCAUCAGCAUCUCUUUUCCUUCCAUCAGCAUCUCUUUUCAUUAUCAGCUACGUCGGCGCCUUUGGUUCUCGGCACGCCGUCGAGGUCCACGCUUGGACCAAGAUCAAACACCUUAAGCGGAAGAUCGUUUCAAUGGGGAUUUCUGAGCGGGUUUUCCAGCCUCGUUCAGUACGCCGUGCCGCCGUGGAAUCCCUCCUCACUGUGGCUAGAAACUCGGGAAGUGUUACGAAGAUGGUCGUCCACGAGGAGGGCUCCGUGCGCCAGGUCAAGGAGGAGGCGGCGAGGGACGCGGGCGUGAGCGCGAGCAAGGUGCAGUUCAUUGCAGGAGGCGCCGAGAUGCAGGACGACCGGAGGCUCAAGGACUAUGGCCUUACCGGCGACGCUGUGGUGUGGAUGGAGGUCGAGGGAGAGGAGGAGGGACGCGAAGGAGGGAGCCAGAGCAGCGAGGCCGGCUGCUGUAGCGUUGCUCAGUUAUGUAAUGUCAUGCUGGGCGGUUUCUACUUCUGA